AUGGAAUUUACCUAUUUUGGAAAAUCUAAACAGGAUGAAGAUUUUUUUAAAUACCAUACAAAUAAUAAUUCACGUAAAAAUAAAUUUACUAUAAUUAAUGGGGAAAGAUUUUUGUUAGAGGAUGAAAAACAAAAAAAUUGGAUUCCAAGAAACAUUUAUAAUCUUGGAAAAUUUAAUUUAAAUUUUACAAAUACACUUACAUAUAAUGUUUAUUGUACAGAGUCAGAUGGAUUAUAUAGAGAAUUUUUAAAAAUUCGUCCCAUGAAAUUAUUAUAUCAUUUAGAUGAUUCUACAUUUACCUUAUAUGAACCAAAAACUAACAAUUCUGGUUACCUUCAGGGACCAGUAUUUAGAAGAAAAAAAGUACAUAGAAAAAAUAUUAUAACUGAUCAAUUUCUUUCAUGGCAAGAUUUUAAUAUUGGAGAUGAUAUAAACCUUUUUGGAACAUAUUAUCACGUUGCUUCUUGUAAUCAAUUUACUAGAAAUUUUUUAUCAGAAAAUGGAAUUAAUGUUAAUCCUGAUGAAGGAAUACCAUUAGAUUCAUGGACAAUGUCAAGAAUGGAAAAAGCUAAUGUUAAAGAUAAACUAUUGUCACAUCAUAAUAUUUCACAUUUUCAAAUGUUACCAAGACAAAUUACUUUUUAUUUAGCAUGGCUUGAUAAAGAAAAUGACUAUUGUAAUGGAAAACUUAAAAGAACAUUUAAAAUGACAAUUGAUACAUAUACCGAUAUUGUUACAAUGGUUGAAAUGACACCAGAACUAAAAGAUCAACUUUUUUUAAAAGGUGUCAGGUUGUCUUAUCAAACUUCUGAUGGAACAGAAAGAUACUAUAGAGCAUCUAAUUUAUAUCCAGGAAUGUGGAUAGAAGUAUAUAAAAGACCAAUGUUUAUUUAUAAUGUUGAGGGAGAAGAAGCAAAGAAAUAUAUAAUGGAACAAUUUGGUAAAGUAGAUUUUGGAAAUUGUCCCUAUAAACUAUUAGAGUCAGGACCACCACCUAAACAUUUUGAAAUUUCAUUAAAAGAACUUGUCUUUGAAGCUCGUACAGAAUCAUUGAAAAAUUUCAAAUUUUUAUUAAUAUAUGAUUCAGAAAACAAAAUAGUUAAUGUGUAUGAAGAAAGUAAACGUUAUCAAUGGCACAAAGGAAGGCCUUUUUUAGAAGAAAUAGAUGUAUCACAUCUUUCAAUAGAUAAUUUUAAUUUAAAAAAACAUAUAAAAUUAUUUAAAUGGGAUUUCAUAUUGGAAGAUUGUUCACCAGUUACCAAGGAGUAUCUUAAAUUCAGAUCAUCAAUAAAACAAUGA